UGAUGGAAGUAAAGAAGUUUACGAAGGUAGUUGUGGGUAGUCUUCCAUGGCAAUGCAAAGGGUUUUGGAGUCAGAAGUGGUGAGAAUUGUGGAGAAAUGCAGAACUCUUAAUCAUGCGAAACAAGUUCACGCCCAUAUUUACAACAACAACCUCCACCAAUGUUCCUACGUAAUCACCAAGCUCUUACGCCUCGUCACCUCGUUCACCCAUGUGCCGCUCCACUCCUACCCUCGCCUUAUCUUCGCACAGGUCCACACCCCAAACCCCUUUCUCUGGACCGCUCUCAUUCGCGCCUACGCCGUCCGAGGACCCCUCUCCCAAGCCCUUAGCCUCUUCUGUUCCAUGCGCGAACGACGCAUCACUCCCCUCUCGUUUACCUUCGUCGCUCUCUUUUCCGCUUCCGGUGCCGCUCGCCACAUAGGUUUGGGAGCGCAGCUCCACACCCAGACACUUUUGGUUGGUGGGUUCGAUUCUGAUAUGUACGUCCACAACGCCAUGAUUGACAUGUAUGUGAAAUGUGGGUUUACGCUAUACGCGCGCAAGGUGUUCGAUGAAAUGCCUGAACGGGAUGUCGUUUCUUGGACCGGACUAAUUGUUGCUUACGCGAGGAGGGGCGAUAUGAAGGCGGCGCAGGACUUGUUUGAUGGGUUGCCUAUGAAGGAUAUGGUUGCUUGGACUGCGAUGGUUACUGGGUAUGCGCAGAAUGCCUUACCUGAAAAUGCGGUGGAGGUUUUCCGGCGGUUGGUAGAUGAGGGUGUCGAAAUUGAUGAAGUUACCUUGGUUGGUGUAAUAUCUGCUUGUGCUCAAUUGGGUGCGUCUAUUUAUGCUAAGUGGAUAAGGAACAUUGCUGAGAAUUCUGGAUUUGGAGAUGGAAGUAGUGUCCUUGUGGGGUCAGCCUUGAUAGACAUGUACUCAAAAUGUGGUAAUGUGAAGGAGGCAUAUAAUAUCUUUAAAGGAAUGAGGGUGAGAAAUGUGUUUUCUUACAGUUCUAUGAUUGUGGGGUUUGCUAUACAUGGUCAAGUUCAUGCAGCGAUUAAGUUGUUUUAUGAUAUGUUGGAGACUGAUGUGAAACCAAACUGUGUUACUUUUGUAGGGGUGCUUACUGCGUGCAGUCAUGCUGGCUUGGUAGACCUAGGACAGCAGCUCUUUGCUACUAUGGAAAAGUAUUAUGGUGUUGCUCCAACCCCACAGCUUUAUGCUUGCAUGGCGGAUCUUCUUGGUCGAGCUGGAUACUUGGAAAAGGUAAUACGGCUUGUUGAGACAAUGUCUAUGAAGCCUGAUGGAGCUGUGUGGGGGGCGCUUCUUGGAGCAUCAUACGUUCAUGGGAAUCCUGAUGUUGCGGAAAUUGCUUUCAAGCAUUUAUUUGAGCUUGAACCUGCUAACAUGGGGAAUUAUUUGUUGCUUUCUAAUACCUAUGCAUCUGUUGGAAGAUGGGAUGAUGUGUCUAGGGUCAGGAAAUGGAUCAGAGAGAAAAAUUUGAAAAAAGAUCCAGGAUGGAGCUGGGUUGAAGCAAAAAAUGGAAUGAUUCACAAGUUCGCUGCUGGUGACGUGAAACAUCCACAGAUUAACGAGAUAAAGAAGGAAUUAAAUGAACUUUUGGAACGACUAAAGGGUAUUGGAUAUCAGCCAAACCUAAGUUCGGUGCUGUAUGAUGUUAAUGAUAAUGAAAAAAGGAUGUUACUAAUGUCUCACAGCGAAAAACUAGCGUUGGCAUUUGGAUUGCUGAGUACUGAUGCCGGUUCCACCAUAAAAAUUAUGAAGAACCUUAGGAUAUGUAAGGAUUGUCAUAUUGUAAUGUGUGGAGUAUCAAGACUUACUGGAAGAAAAAUUGUUGUGAGGGAUAACACGAGAUUCCACCACUUCUUUAAUGGGGCCUGCUCUUGUAGAAAUUUUUGGUGAUAGAGGCUAGUGCCAUAUACGGGUGAAUACUGACGCAUCGGUGUUGGAAGGAUAACAUAGUGACCUUUUCUCAUUUUUGGUAAACUAGAGGCGUCUAUAGAGUUGUUUUGUGCCUGCCUAGACUAAUCUAUUAUAAAAGGAGAUUGAAAGUUUAGAUAAAUUGCUCACCUGUUCAUUUUACAGGUUGAAUUCAUCAUUGAGGAGUGUUAGAAAUGUAAAGGGAAGGCAGGUGAUUCAGGUGAAGGUUGUUGGUAAACAAACAUUUACCUCGGGGAAUGCAAAAGUUUGUACAUAUACAUGAUCAAUGCAGUUAUGUACCAACACUUAAAGUUAAAUUGUAAAUUAAUUCUAGAGGGUUUGAUUGAUUCCUCUCAUAAUCUUCUAUCUAUAAGAAUAAAUUGAUAUAGGAGUACAUGAUAAUUAAGGUAAUCCUAGACACAAUAUAAUCAUGAUAAAUAGAGUAAUCCUAAACAUACUAUAAUUAUGAUAAAUAGGGUAACUCUACAUACAAUAUAAUCUUAAUAAAUAGGGUAACUCUUGACACAAUAUAAUAAUGAUAGAUGUGCUUGCUUAAAUUCUAUACAAGCAUACAAUGACAUAAACCGAGAUGUGAGUUUGUUGUUGUUAUGGCCUUUAUCAGGAACUCGUGAUUGUCUUAAAUUAUCUGGUUGCUUUGGCAUUAUUCAUUUUUUUACCGUGACAGGUAAUAGGAGAGGCUAGCCAUUUAUCAGGUUAUUCUUUCUCUACCCAAAACAACAUUAUCCAUCCUUCUGCAGAGCUUGGGGCAAAAACAACUGUUGGACCACAUUGUAUGUUGGGGGAAGGUUCACAAAUGGGUGACAAAUGCAGUGUGAAGCGGUCUGUCAUUGGCCUUCAUUGUUGGAUAGGUGCCAAUGUUAAGGUUGUUAAUUCAGUAGUUAUGAAUCAUGUUUCUAUUGGAGACUGUUGUUCAAUCCAAGGUUCUGUUAUCUGUAGCAAUGUACAGCUCCAAGAACGUGCAGUAGUAAAAGAUUGUCAACUUAUUUGUUUCUCCUUUUUUCUGACCAUUUUUUCAUGCAAUUUGAAUCGGAAUGUGACAUUGCUUGUCUUGGCAGGUUGGAGCAGGUUAUGUGGUCACUGCUGGUAGUGAGUGCAAGGGAGAGGUCUUAGCUAAGAAAUUAAACUGAGAUGUGAGAAUCCUGGCUGGGAAAUUCAUACCAAAGUGAUGAGAGGUGUGCGAGUGUUUCCAGAUACUAAAUGGUCUCUAGAGAAUUACGAGUCUCAUUGAAGUCAUUACUUCUAUUUUUUUGCUUGUAAGUGGUUUUGCCAGACGCAAUGGGUCUGGUGGAUUUGUAUUCUCGUUUUGUUUAGUGUUAACAUCAGAGGUUCUCAUUAAUAAAUUUCUAUACCAUUCAUUCGCUUU